AUGAAGACGAAAAAGCAAAGCGUUUCUGGAAACGACUAUCAGUCGAUGCUCAAGUUAUUUAAUAUGAGGAUUUUAACGUUGAGUGGUGCACACUGCGUGCCAAGGGUUUUUCGAAAAUUGGAUGAAGAUGAUCGCAAGUGUAAUACGUUGACAAGUGCCGUGUUCAUGAGAUUUUGUGACGAAAACGCGGGUCAUAUCUCAUUUGCCUUCUCAAACCUCAGCAACCGCGAAGAUAAGCCACUGAUGGGAUCUUUAUCAUCAGAACAGAUCAAAGAUUUCAAGCAAGGUAUUGUAGAGAUACUUAUGGAUGAAGCAUUCCUCAAGCGCUACGAUCGCAUAGUCCAGCUUCAAGUUGAGCAGCGUCAGAACAGCGAGUAUCCGAGGGAGCUCCCUAUUGUUAUCACUACACUGUAA